CACCAGUAGGCUACACUACUUCAGCUGUGCAGUUCGGUGUGAGAAGUGUUGUCCUGUGUGGGCCUUUCCUUUCACAACAAAACUGGAAAGAUCGACCAAAACAUCGUGUUUGAUUGUCCUGAGGAGUCUCAAAUGAAAGAUAUUCAAUCAUUUCCGAUAAGUCUGUGUUUUAGUUGCCUUAUUUCAGUCUGCCUUAUAGUGUCGGCUCUUUUAUACAAACAAAAUAUUUGUAAAUGUAAUUAUCGUGGUCAGUUUGGAUGCUGAAAAUACUGGGAGGUUGGGUGUCUUUGCGGAGCUUGAUGAGAGUGGACUUCAGCAGUGACAGGUACGCCACAUGGUUUAGCUAAGCCCACGCGUAGUGGCUUACCAUUUCACACUUCCGCGACUGGGUUCGAGUUGUUUUCUUCCUCCAUGGUUCGAGGAACAAAACUCUGAAUUGUGGAUUUAUCUCUCGCACCGAAGAUCACAGCGUCCGUGCACACCUUUCUCGGUUUCUGAUCAGUUCUUUUUGAGACAUCAACAGGCUGCUUAAAGCAAUCUUAGACCACACUGCAUGCCUGAUGCAAUUCAGGCUUUUAUCAUAUGACUCGAAAUCUGGCUGACCAUUUCUUUCAAAAACAUGUCAUCAUUUCGAUCCGGACAAUCAGAAGGAAAUCAGUCAGUCGAGUUCUCCGCCAAAAACAGGAACAAGCUUCCCGCCAAAAACAGGCACACCGAACUCAACCACACGUACGACUCGGUCAAAUCACCACCAGUGCCCAAGAAACGUGAUUCCAUCGGUGGCGGUUACGUCAUUCCAGCAAGAAGGUUCGCCCAACAAGAGGACCCAACCGAACACUACGUUAAUGCGCCGAGGAAUCCCCAGGCUAGAAACUUGAAGAUUGGGGGGCGGGAAGGUCUGCCACCUCAGGUGCCACCAGUAGGAAUAAAGCCAAGGACGCCAAAACGAGAGGGUAAAGUCAAUGCCAAUUCUCCUCGUCCACAAAGGAGAUCUGAAUUUGAUCCACCAACAACCAUGGGGAACCUUCAAGGCAUCCUUGAAAGCAGGAUGAAUUUUGUAAUCCCCAUCCCCAGUGUGAGACUGACCAACAGCUCGACAGCCGAAGCCGACCCGCGAAGCAGGGGUCAAAUACCGAUACCGAGGUUUCAGAAGGACCGAAGACUGGGGCCUUCGAGGCAAAUCACAGUGCCGUUCUCUGGAGCUGUAAGGCACCCAACCUCCAGGUCGUUGACCACGGGGUUUCUCAGGGAGCUGGAGACUGUCGACCCGGUCUUGGGUGGUAUCUUCCAGCAGUGCGGGGAUACCAUGGAGCGAUACGCUAAGCAGGUAGCUAAUGGGCGUCUGAUCUUCACCUCCGAUCGUUUCGCGUGUGGGAUGUUCGACCACCGUGGGGGUUAUCUCCCCCUGCCUGCCCACAAAGUAUCGCUCUACGUUACCCCUCAUGCGAUCGUGGGAGACGAGCAAGAGCCUAUCUUUGUUUACGUCCUUCCCGAAUCCACCCAAGAGAUUCUAGUCUUUGAGAAUGGUGAGGAGGUUAUAAGCUCUACCAUCGUUUGUGGUAGAACUGGACACAAAUUCUCUAGCGAUGUUGUUCUGUCUUUUCCAGUGUCGACACAUGGCCAAGAUAACUCUGUCGAUCAACAGGUCAUUAUCUGGGAGUACGGGAUGUCGACAGACGACAAACCCAAACAACAGGUUAUGGACAACAUCCUUGACUGUUUCUACUCCAUUCAAGACAACCGUUGUACCCUGAUGGUCAACCAAUUAGCACACUUCACUGUCAUCUCGAAGGCCGAACGACGGGCCGAGGGUUCCCGAUCUCACUAUCCGAACCCGUCUUCGGAUGAGUCCGUAAGCCUUCGGGUUGGCGUGUUUGGUCGGCAAAUAGCAGGGACGGGGAGUGCUCAGAUAAGAGUUAUAUUUUGGAAGGACAGUGAUUUGGAAACGAAGAGGAUAAUGUGUGAGGAGCAACGGGAUGGUUUCUCCAAGUUGGACCGGGUUAGGGUCAUGGUUAUCAACAGAUACCGCAAAGCAGUAUGGGUAACAGUCAUCAAUGUCAUACCAGGAUGGAACCUUCUAUCAAAAGACAAAGAGAAUUUUACGGUGGAGCACAUCCUCUCACAAAACCGCAAAGGUGGUCAUUUCCCAUCCUGUACGUUCGCCCUAUAUCGUGUCGGGGGUCCGGGGGCAACCAAUACCCCUCAUGUAGCAGCAUGCACCAUUGAGGUCUCACAAGACGGUGGGGACGAAGAUGAUGAGAACGAGGGUGAUACCAUACAGUUGGUGGCAAUAGUUGAAGGCGUUGCAACCAAUCAGCAAGCGGUUUGUGAUCCUGAUAAACCCUCAGUCCCUCCACGAACACAACUCAAGGAUUCUGGCGCUUUACCGGGGCUGCAGGACGAACCUUCCCCUGGAAAGGGCCUCAAAGCACCCAUCAGAUCAUUCCCUGUGACGCCCAUCGUUAAACCACCCGCUUGCCUGAGAUACAAAAUACUUGGGGAGUUGGCUCUUCACUUAGAGGUGAGCGACAUCUCUGGCCGUUGCUGGAAGCUCCUAGCUAAGAACAUGGGACUCUCUGCUCCAAACAUCUGCUGUCUGAGUGAGAGGUACCUCUGCCCUGGGGAGGCUUUGAUUAAUUGGUACCUAGGCCAACAGGUGGCCAUCGUUGCACCACGUGAGGCACUUCGUAGACUCUUGGAUCUCUUCAGAGAAAUGAAAUGGCCAGAACUCCAAUCCAUUAUGGUCAAAGAGCUCAGGCUUACAGAGAAUCAAAAUCAAGGACUCACUUCGUCUACACAUCUGAAGAUCUAUGAGAUAAUUGAUGAUGACAACCACAGCCAAUCUCCUGGAAGAAGUGUCUCCCAGAAAACUGAGGUUCAAACUCCAUCUAGAUGUUUAAACCUAGGAGAGAAGCUUAACAAAGGAAAGAGCUUGAUCCCUAGUCCCAGAUUGUCCGCAAAACAGAUUUCAAGAGGUGAUCAUGAUAAGGAAGAGCAAACCGGUUGGACGGGACCCACUGAAGUGCCAGGUGAUCACCAAGACGAACCUCCUUCUCAACGGGAUUAUGACUUCGGGAGUCAAAGAUCUGAAAAGAUCAUAAGCCCAACGACAAGUCCAAAAGGAUUCUCAUACGAUGAGCACAAUGUAGCCUCGUGUGUUAAAGAGUCUACUCCGCAAGAACCUGAACAAUCCAAGAAUUCCAGGGUACCAGCCAUUAUGGUGUCAGGUGCCAUGUCCCAUGACAUCACUCCCGAAGAAGAAAACCCAUAUCUUCAGCCUAAUAGAAAAAAGGUGCAAUUACCCAUUCAUCAUGGACAAUCAUCACAAAGUGCAAGACUGAAAAGCGAUUGUCAAAAAACUAAAAUACCAGUUCCACCCGCUCGGUCUUCUUCUUUUAUGAUGAAGAAAGGAAAAGGUGCUUCGAGACGACCUCCCAAUGUCACAGUGCGAGAUACCUCAUUGGUUGACUCUAAAUCACAUUCAAAAUCACUGAUUUCCAUCAAAGAUAUGUCAACAGAAAAGCAGAAUGAACAUAAAAGAACGUAUAACACUUCGGUAAUCCCACUUGUGCACCCAAAUCAGGAUUACAGAGCUCCUGAGAACCUGCAACGAGACACUGAUUCAGAUCUUGAGGACAACAGCCCAGAUGAAAGUACCCAAGGCAUUGCACUGCAAGAUGCCCCUUCAUUUCAAACAAAACUAAAGAAACUCCACAAAGUUGUCAAGAGGAACCUGAAGAAGAAGCCCAAGGAGGACCUAGAGAGACAACCAAGACAAGACGCCCUGGAGAGACGACCAAGACAAGAUGACCUGGAGAGACGACCAAGGCAAGACAGUCUCCCUCUUGAUGAUUCAACCCAGGAGGCCAUCUAUGAUGACAUCGAUGGCUGCUUUAAUCAAGAGAAAGUGCUCACAAUGGCCGAUGCAUCUGGAGAGCAACAGUAUGGAGAGCACCGAAAGCAACUGUCUAAGGACCUUCUGGCAAAACUCACCCAAACCACAGUAUCAAAACAGCCACUCAUCCCAUCGAGAUCCAAAUUUUGCACGGAAGCUCAAGGAGUAAAUGGGAAUGAUGUUGCAGUUGGAUUGCCAGGUAUAGGUGCUGGAACUACAUGGAACCGGUCCAGUAAGUCUCAACACAGUACAGAUGACAUGAUAAGCUAUGAAGACACUUCGAUGUAUGAAGUUGGCGCUCAACCUGAUGCAAAACUCUCUCCAAAUAAAUCCUUACCAAAAGAUACAAAACCAUGCGCGAUAACUGCAGAUAUGGAAUGCUACGAAGACAUCUGCACAUUUCAGAAGCAAGUCGCAAACCUGAUCACACUGGCCCUAACCAAGAAUUUGCCAAAUCUUCUACCCUUUGUGUUACCCUCUGCACAAACGGAUGACAAGGAAUGCUAUGGCAAUGCCAGUACACCAGUGUACAGAACCGGAACCGCCCAGCUCAAACCAGUUCCCAAAGUGACCGGAACCGACCGGCUCAAACCAGUUCCCAAAGUGAAAAAGAUACCAUCUUUUCCUCCACGGGCAUCACCAACUAAACAACAGGCAGCAGUCGAUGACAUGGUCAGCUAUGAGGAUGUCAGCAUACCCGAGUAUCCACAUGGUACAACUAGUGAACAAUUCAAACUGGUUUCCAAAACAAAAACUGUUCCCCAAAUUCCAACUCGAAAAAACAUGGACUAUCGCCUCCCAACAGAUGACAUGGUUACUUACGAAGAUGUUACAACUCCAUGUGAUCCAGAUUGCGCCAGAAUGGAUCAGUUAAAACCGGUUUCCAGGAAGGAAAUGCCAAACGUUACUCGGACUGUGACCGAUGAAAUGACGACCUACGAAGACGUCACUAAACCCGAGUCUCAUAUUGGAACUAGAAAACCAAUACGCCAGAAAAAGUUACCAGCUAUACCUUCUCGUGGUGUUGACAAUCCCCGCACAGCAUUUGCGUACACCAAAGAUGCUUUCAACACAUCUGAGCCUUCGACCAGAAUAGAACACGCUAAAUCGGUUCCCAAAGCUCUAGUAAUUCCACCACGAUAUCCUGAUGCAGCACCUGAAGACAACUAUGAAGACAUCAGCAUCCCAGUAAAUCUCACUGGACAGACCAAAGGCAAGAAAUUACCAACGAUACCACCUUGUGAUGAAGUGCGACCUUUUGCUGACCACCACACUACAACUAGAACUGACCAGUUCCAGCCGGUUCAGGGAAGGCAAUCACCAGUUAUUCCUCCUCGGAAUCCAGAAAGAUCCCAUGUGGCAACUGAUGACAUGGUAAGCUAUGACAACGUUACUGUUCCUGAGCAUCACGUAAAAGAGGCAAGAGAUUUCAAACCAGCUUCUAAAAAGAAAGUACCGGCAGUACCGCCCAUACCGCCCCGAGAAUAUUUCAAACCUGCUUCAGAAUACGACACGAUCGCUUCAGGAGAAGUCAGGAACUUGGACUAUCCAAACGAAGCCAGGAUGAACCAGUUCAAAGUCUUGCCAACACAUGGCACACCACCAUGCAAAACUGAUGACAUGACAAAUUAUGAAGACAUGAAUAGGGUCAAGAAUCCAGCUAGAACCAGAUCUGACCAGCACAGUUACCCAAUUGUAACUCCAGAUAACAUGCCAGGUUAUGAAGACAUGACCGUGCCUCAGUAUCCGGAUGGAACUGGAUCUGACCCGAUCAAGGUGGUCAGAACAAACACAGGGAAGUUGAUGCCAGUCCGUGUAUUUGUCCCAAAACAAAAAUAAAAAAUACUAGUAACUACGAACACUACAUGUAUAUGUGCAUACAAGAAUGCAAGAAAAUUGCCUCAAAUUUUGAGUUGUUUGUGCCUAACUAUGGUAGCUUUUAUAGAAAAAGGUGCAGAUAUGUAGUUCAAAAGCUAGCUACCUGAAGAAAAACAUGUUUGAGAACAUACCUUUGCAAAAGUGUUCAUAAAGGCGAGUAUUUAGACUUCUUAGAAGGACAACAAGCUAAAAAACAGCAAGUCCUAAUAACUUUGGGCUUCUGGUGGAUAAUCUGGUAUUAUAACUUGGCGCUUCUUUAGACCCUUUUAAAGGAUUUGGGUACUUUUUGUAACACAAAACAAUGUCCACAAGUU